ACGAGAUCUAACUAUGCUAUGUGGAGUCCUUUUUGCCGAUCUCCCCUUCACGAACACCAGGAUGUACGUCCCCGUGCCUGAGCUUGGAAUUAUGAUUGGAAUAUCAUCAUUAGACCCUCAUGAGCACCCGAACUCACCUAAUAACAUUGUACGUAGUACUGGAUAUGCCUGCGGAAUGAUGAGCCGCACCGAGAAUUAUCCUAUUUACUAAUACAAACUUUCAUCUCAUGUUAGACUGUCAGUUCAUGACGUUGCUUCUCGAAUGUUUCUAAAACUAGAACGGAAAUCAAGUUUUUCAGUUUUCUCGUAUCAAGGCCUCCCUUAUCCCUGGGUAUCUGAAAUAUAAGCUCGAUGGCUUCUCUAUCUUUUGCUUCAGCUUAAGUUUUUCUUUUCUUCAGUCUAUCGUUUCGGGGCAACUUUUUAUAUCUGACCCCAAGAAUCUUCGAACAACAGCCCGAGUGUUUGGCUGUGAUAAUACCGUUAAAAUGAUACGGGCAAGCAAGCCGCUUGUUCUGUCCUCCAUCGUGAGCGGCGCAUAUUCCCUCGUUGCGCGCCAGAGUGGAUGUAGCUUUACGCUUUCGACAGGUGGCUCAUUCACUGGCCAAGUUGGCCAAUAUGACGGUGGUCAGACUAAAGGUGGACUUCCCGGAACUAGCGUCGUACAGUCUGGGUUUGUUCUGAAUGGCGAUACGAUAUCCGACUCCCAAGGUCGCGGUUGUUGGUGGACUCCGCCAAGUACUGUGCUCCAAUGUGACGCCGGCCAAAACCCCGAAGGCGGAUUUGCUAUCGGUUGCAAUGGGGAGUUGACGUACAAUGGCCAGUCUAGUUUCUGGCAAUGCGCCACGGGAGAGGAUGGUGUGGUGAUGAUAUACCUGUGGCCUGGAGGAACCAACUGCAACAAGAUUUCAUUGAUAGCGAGCGGGUGUUAUCCUUCAUCGUGUGAUUCGGGGUCGGGUCCAGGCUCAGGCUCAGGAUCAGGUUCUGGCGCUUCGGGAACUGCUCCGGCUAUAGGCUCGACAUACCCCGGAGCGAGCGGUACAGCUCCAUGGAGUGGUGGUUCGAAUAUGCCUCCGGGUGAAACAGGAGGGUCUGGAACUACAGGGCCUGGAGAUACGGGAACUGGCCCCCCGGGUGCCACCUGGACUUAUCCUGGAACGCCCGGCACUAUGCCACCCGGUGGAGGCGCACCCCCACCAUGGUCGACUGGUUCCGGAGGCGGCUCAGGUCCAUGUAUGCCGAUGACAACUACUGUUUUCGUUACCGUACCAAAUACGAACUGUGUUUCUACCGUUACUGAGUGUCCUGGACAAACAGCUCCUCCGGGGGGCACUGCUCCCCCAGAGUCUCCAACUACGGAGGCUCCGCCACCAGUAACUACCCCGGAGAUGCCGUCAAGUACACAAGGAACUUAUCCUGCUACUAGCCCCCCAGAGACGCCCUCAAACACACAAGAAACCAGUCCUGGCACUAGUCCUCCGGAGACGCCUACAACGGAAAUUCCCCCGCCGGAAACUCCCACGACGCAGAUGCCUCCGCCUCCGCCUCCGCCUCCACCGCCUAUGACAACUCCUAUGACUUCUCCGGAGAUGCCGACAACCACUCAGGAGACAAGCCCCCCAGAAACCACGCCGGAGGUUCCUCCUACGACUUCUCCGUGGACUUCUACAUGGACGUCGACAGUACCUACUUCUCCGUGGUAUCCGACAACGGCUAUUCCUCCACCGGAAACACCUACGACAACUCAAGAAACUAGUCCUCCGGAGACCACACCACAGCCUCCUCCAUCUGGAACGAGCCCUCCUAUGACAUCGCCUGAAACACCGUGGAUUUCUACUACCUCGUGGUAUCCAACCACAGUUAUCCCACCCCCAUCGAAUACACAGGGAACAAGCCCGGGAACGUCACCGCCGGAGACACCCGUGAGCCCUCCGGAAACACCGUCGGUUCCUACUACUCCGUGGUAUCCAACAACAAUUGUUCCUCCACCGGAGACUCCCACCACCACAGGAGGAACAAGCCCCGAAACAUCGCCACCGUGGACUUCCACAGGCCCAGGUUACCCCACGACGGUUGUUCCUCCGCCGGAAACACCAACCACUACGCAAUGGACAAGUCCUCCGUGGACAACACCAGAGGUUCCUCCGCCCGGAACGACUCCUGUAACUUCUCCAGAGACACCGUGGGUUCCUACUACUCCGUGGUAUCCGACCACAGUCGUGCCACCACCGGAAACGCCCUCGACUACGGGAGGGACAAGCCCCCAGUGGUCGUCGCCGGGGACUCCUACAAGUCCAGGGUACCCCACGACAGUUAUCCCUCCACCAGAGACGCCGACAACUACUCAAUGGACAAGUCCUCCGUGGACCACGCCAGAGGUCCCCCCGCCUGAGUCGACCCCUCCCACAACGUACCCAGGCGUUCCUACAACUACCCAAGAGACAAGCCCUGUAAUGUCCAGCACGGAAGUUCCGCCACCGGCAACUUACCCUACGACGGUCAUUCCUCCCCCAGAGACGCCCAGCACGCCUCCAGAGACACCUACAACAACUCCAUGGUACCCCACCGGUCCUCCCCCCCCCCCUCCUCCCCCGGAAUCGCCAACGACAAAUGUCCCCGGUACCACGCCUCCACCUGUGCAGACUAGCGAGACUUAUCCAGGUACUUCUCCAGGGACCUCUACAUUCACUAGCUCAGAGACGGUAGUAGUUCCCGAGUGCCCAUCGGAAUCGACCGAGUGCCCCAAGAUGUCCAGCAGCAGAACCUGGAGUACCUGGAGUAGUACCUGGAGUAGUACCUGGAGUAGUACCUGGAGUAGUACCCCUGGCAUUCCUGGUACUUCAGGUCCUGGAACUUCGCCGCCUACUGAAACUACACCACCCGUUUGGACUACUAAUACAGGCCCCUCGACUUACCCAGGCACCACACCUCCAGUGGAAACGAGUCCUUCGUCUACGUGGACUUAUUCGACUACAUCACCUGGAGGAACGGGCCCUUCAUCUACGUGGACUUACUCAACUACAUCAGCCCCCAGUGAAACCACGAGCCCGGGUAUUUCAACAAGUUGGACCUCUGGAGAAUCAACCUAUCCUGGCACAUCUCCCGUGACAUCCCCUGGAUCAUCUACCACAGUCGUGGAGACUACCACUACAAGUUCGUGCCCGACAACCUCUACCUCACCUGGCGAGUCAACAACCAGCGUCCCUGGCAUACCUCCUAUCACAAGUGAGACGACUCCAGGUGCCUCGACUUAUCCUGGAACAUCUCCAACAACCUGGACGACUCCGGGAGGUUCAACUUACCCAGGCACAUCUACAACAGUAGUAGAGACCGCAACUACUAGUUCGUGUCCGACAACUUCAACCUCACCUGGAGAGUCGCCCACUACUAGUAUACCAGGUGUACCUCCAACUACAAGUGAGACAAUUCCAGGCACAACUCCGGGCACGACUUACCCCGGCACAUCUCCGACUACUAGCAUUCCAGGUAUACCCACAACUUCAACUUGGACGACGCCGGGUGGUUCAACCUAUCCUGGGACGUCUCCAACUACGAGUGUCCCAAAUACACUGCCCACUACAAGUGAGACAACUCCCCCAGGCGGUACGACCUAUCCUGGAACAUCUACAACGGUUGUGGAGACCACCACCACGAGUUCUUGCCCGACAACUUCGACUACACCUGGAGAAUCACCGACUACUAGUAUUCCGGGCGUGCCUACCACUAUGAGUGAGACCACUCCGGGUACAACUCCAGGCACGACUCCCGGGACGACUUAUCCCGGCACAUCUCCAACUACCAGUGUUCCAGGUGUACCUUCUACAUCAACCGCACCUGCAGAGACCCCUAGCACUCCAGGUACUUCGACUUACCCUGGUGCGACUACAACUUCGGGCUCGACCACGGAAACGGAAGUUCCAAGUACGACACCCGAGGUUCCUACGACGUCACCUGGAUACCCUAAUACGUCGCCUGGGGUUCCUGGAACGUCGCCUACUACGCCAAACGGAUAUCCCACUACCUCAGCUGGAAUCCCGACUCCCUCAUCCCCAACUUCGGAAACGCCUCAGGUGCCAAGCACGACAACAGCGCCCCCAGAGGAGUCCUCGAGCGUUCCUAGCUAUCCAACAGGGUCACCGCCGCCGCCAGAGACGCCAGGCACUCCAGGGUACCCGAAUGGACCACCAUCUGGUCAUCCGGGGUAUCCAACGGGACCGCCGCCGCCGCCACCGGCAGAAACAUCGAAUACUCCAGGUUAUCCGAACGGACCGCCGUCUAGUCAACCAGGAUAUCCCACAGGACCACCUCCUCCACCACCUCCCCCACCGGCAGAGACGCCGAGCAACCCAGGAUAUCCGAACGGACCGCCAUCUGGCCAGCCGGGAUAUCCCACUGGCCCACCACCCGAAUCUGGCCCGCCGCCUGCAUCUAGCCCUCGUAUGCCUCCUCCGCAGCCAACGCCCCCGGCUCAGUCUGGUGGUCCCGGUAACCCCACUGGACCACCACCACCGCCGCCACCGCCGCCGCCGGAGGUAACUGGUAGUGAUGACGGAGAUAAACACUCGUCGGAAUCGGAAGGAAAUAAUGCCCCCGAACAGUCCAAGGACACAACAUGGGCGCCGUCUAAAAUUCCCAGACGGGCGACAGGCCUUUUCAAUCGUGCCCCGUCUUCUCCAACCUGUCCCGGCGAGCUGACCGGCCAAUGGGAGUCCCCGGAUCUAAUAAUCGCCGUUGACAGUUCGCGCCCGAACAAGGCAUACGGAUCAUCUAUCUCGGGCGAGGUAACAUCCACGAUCUCCAGCAUUUUCAAGUUCCACGUCCCAGCCAGCGGCAGCGGUAAGACAUGCAAGCUCGUGUUAUUCUUCCCCGAGGAGGAGGCAGAAGACGCACAGCCCUCAUCGUUUGAUGUCACUGGCUCGGGAGCAGUCGAGUUCUCACGUCUCGACGGCGAUGUGGACCUAGACACAACGCGGGAUAAUCUCCCGGACAUGGCGCAGAGCUACAACCGCCUCACCAUCGCGCCAGGCAACGCGUACACCAUCGAGUCCUUUGCGUGUCCCAGCGGCGAAGACGUAGUCGUCGAGCUGAGCAGCGCGCCCGGCAGUCAAACCUCGCUACGGUUCGCGCAAGACUCGACUGACGCGUGCCCGCUUGGCUUGUUCCUGGUAGCGAGCGCGCCGAGAGAUGUGGAGUUGUGAGUGAGUGAGUGGGUAAAGGAGAUAUUAAAAAAGAAAAGAAAGAAAUGAGAAGAAGAAAUUGAUUGGAAUGCAUCUCAUCUCGUCUACAGCACGGAGGCUGAUUGACUAACAACAGCGUAAUAAUGGAAAUGUCACCGCACGUAUGGACGUAAGCAUUAGCUUGCGGUGUGGGACAUGCAAUGUAUGUACAUGGUAAUAGGAAUAGUAAUAGGUAGCCGUCAUUAAGUCAGAUUAUUUCUUUUGUCAUCUAUGACAAUUUUCCCAGGUUGAAGAUAUCGUGAUUGUGACAUUGCGGAUUUAUUUUUGUGUUGUUACGCGGACAUGCGUAUUCGUAUUC